ACUAGUACCUGCCUACCAGGCACUUCAUAUAAGUCUUUCAUGUUUAAAGUGGGUUUUAAGAAUGAGUGGUUCUAAUAGCUAGGAUGAUGAUAUAUAUAUAUAUAUAUUUUUUUUUUUUGGUUAUAUAUUCGAACUGUUUCUAGAAACAAACAGAAAGGAUUUCGCCUAUAGAGAGAUGUUAUAUAUUUUGCAUGUAUAUUACAAACUAAUUUAAAUCUGAUAUUGGGAGGCCAGCCUAUUUAUUAAAAACAUAACCAUGUCUCUGCAAUGUUUGGCUUCAUGUGUUUGAUUUCUUCUCCUUCCCGAAUGUGAUAAUCCACUUGGAAAGCUUUGAGCACAACCAUCCAAACAAAACACAAUGCUAUUUUGACAUAACCUGUCGAAUGUCGAUACUAACAUAGCAAUAUGGACCCCUAUAAAAGAUAAAAAAAACCAACAUCUUAGCCUUAGGUACAACCCCAAAAUUAAGCGCCCCUCCCCAACCCCAUACUGAAAUAUGUUUAAUAUCUUAGCACAAAGUCCCAACCAUAUGGCUGGCCUAAACCAAUACUCGCUGUCUUUUCUGUCUUUUCUCAUCUUUCACUCACUCAUUCAAAAUUCCCUCUCAAUUUCUUUCUCAAUGCCUCCGUUACCCGCUACGGAUCCUUACCCGCCCACAUACGAACCCGCUCCGAUUGAAAACCCGUAUUUUCCAAAGGGCAUCCAAGCAGCUUAUUGGCCAUCGUUCGACGGAUUUCCAGCGUCGUCCAUUGAUACCUCCUACUUCACCCACAUUUAUUACGCUUUCCUCUUACCCGAACCCGACACUUACAGACUCAACCUUACCUCCUUUGACCAAAUCAAGAUCCCCGAGUUCAUGGACUCGCUCCGAACCCGAAACCCGCCCGUUGCAACUCUACUAGCCAUCGGAGGCGGAAAUAGCAACCCGGUUGUGUUCUCGAAAAUGGUGAGAGGCGUCUCGACCCGUGCAGUCUUUAUCAAUUCCACCAUUGAAAUAGCUCGGAGAUAUGGGUUCGACGGCGUUGACCUCGAUUGGGAAUUCCCAGCUAACGACGAGGACAUGACGAAUUUAGCACUGUUGUAUCAAGAGUGGAGGAAUGCCAUUGAUGCCGAAGCUAAAAAUAGCGGAAAACCGCGUCUCCUUCUCACUUCUGCUGUGUAUUUCUCUUCGAGAUUUAGCUCCGACGAACCCAGAUCGUACCCAGCGAAAGCGAUGGCAAAAUACUUAGAUUGGGUAAGUCCGAUGUGCUAUGAUUAUCAUGGGAGUUGGGAAAAUUUCACCGGGGCUCAAUCCGCACUCUAUGAUCCGAAAAGCAAUAUUAGCACCAGCUACGGGAUCGGGUCGUGGAUCCAAGAUGGAGUACCGCCCGAAAAGAUUGUCAUGGGGCUACCGUUGUACGGUAAGACUUGGAAGCUCCAGGACCCGAAUUUGGGCGUUGGUCCCGGAGAUGGCAUUUUGUUGUACCGCCAAAUUGUUGAUUUUAACAAUGAGAGCAAGGCUGUUGUCGUGUUUGACAGCCAAACGGUGUCGUAUUUUUCUAUAGCGGGAGAUUCUUGGGUCGGUUUCGAGGAUAUGUUCUCUAUCAGGUGGAAGGUCCAAUAUGCCAAGUCAUCGGGCUUGGGUGGAUAUUUCUUUUGGGCCCUGGGCCAGGACAAGGAUUGGAUUCUCUCGAUGCAUGCUUCAAAUGCUUGGAAUAACUGAAGACUCUCCGAAGGGAAAUUUAAUAUGAAUUUCGUGAACGUAGUAACGUUACAUUUCCAUGGAAUGCCUGUGCAAACGGAAAGUUUUCUUGUAUCCUACUAUUCAUUAUUCAGAUUGUUAGAACUUUGACACAAACAAAGUACGUACGACAGGAUGCGUAACGCGUUGCUUAUAUUGUUAGUUUAAUUUUAUGAAUUUUAUAAUUGGCUGAUUAUUGUGAAUGAAUUGAAUUGUUUAUUUUAA